AUGAAGCUGUCAAAAGGCUGGAGGCUCCUCUGUCUGGUGCCUUUCACGCAAGCAUGUCUUACUGAUGAUGAGCUUACACAUGAACUCGGUAUUGCCCGCCGACAGACCGGAAACACAGGCAUUCCUGUCGGAACAGGCGACAGGUUUGAAGGCGGGGCAACAUUUCCUCGAGGAAUUGGCACGCUUGAACCUGGAACAAAUCUCACCACAUUGCUCAACGUAAAUGAGAUUGAAAGUGGCUUGCUAGGUCUUGCAAAUGAAUAUGGCUUCGAGACAUUCACUUCGCCUUAUACCACGUUCGAAAAUAGGUCCCUUCUGCUUGGCAAGAUUGGUGGCAAGGGUGACUGUGACGAUGCAUACCGCGUGUUUCUAAACGCGAACAUUCAUGCCCGCGAACGUGGAUCUGCCGACAACCUGCUCUACUUCAUCGCCGACUUACUCUAUGCCGACAAGCACAAAAUCGGACUAACGUACGGUGGCCGGCAGUAUUCGUAUUGCGAUAUCAAGAGAGCUCUGUCGACUGGCAUUGUAUUUUUGCCGCUCAGCAAUCCGGAUGGCGUCGCGUGGGACCAAUCGACCAACAGCUGCUGGCGUAAGAACCGCAAUGCCACAAACGCAAUCGCAGGCAAUGCCAAUUCGAUUGGCAUUGACCUCAACCGCAAUUUCGACUUUCUAUGGGACUUUACGCACCAAUUCACGCCCAGCGUCGCGCCGAGUUUGGCGUCCACCAAUCCAGCAAGCUCAACGUACCACGGCGGAAGCCCUUUUUCUGAGGCGGAGGCUCGCAGCAUCAAGUGGGUGAUGGAUACAUUCAGCAAAGUGCGGUGGUUCUUGGAUUUGCACUCAUACGCAGGUGUAGUUCUGUACAGCUGGGGGAGCGAUGAGAAUCAGUCGCGCAAGCCGUACAUGAACUUCCUGAACUCAAGUUAUGAUGGAGCCCGUGGGCUGAUGCCAGAUUCGCCUUCUGAGGGUCUCGUCUACGGCGAGUAUACGCCAAGUACGGACUGGUCCGAGAAUGUUUUCGCUGCGAUGAGGGUUGGAAAUGCUAUGGACGCCUCUACGGGCCGGCACUACGAGGUAGAGCAGGCAGCGUACCUCUACCCUACUUCAGGUGCAAGUGACGACUACUCAUAUUCGCGUCACUUUGCAGAUCCUAGGCUGAACAAGAUCCAUGGCUUCACCAUUGAGUUUGGAUUUGGAAAUAACCAGGCCACUUGUGCAUUUUACCCCACUGUAGACCAAUACCGCCUCAAUAUGUUGGAGACGUCGUCUGCUUUCAUGGAGUUCCUCCUCUCAGCACAAGAAAUUGGCCUGGGUGAUCCAGUUACUUGUUUAGCAUGA